AUUCAUGUCAGCUGCAAGCAGAAUUUGCAGUAUGGCUGGCUGGCUUAUAUGCUGGGGGACAGAGCUUCAAGGAAGUUCACUGAAUACAGCAAAGUCUUUACAGUGGAGGGAAACUUAUCUUCUGGGAAGGGCAAGCUUGCACAACAGAUAGCAGAGAAACUGGGAAUGAGAUACUUCCCAGAAGCAGACAUCCACUACCUGGACCGGAUCACAGGAGAUGGAACACUGCUGCCUGAGAAAUUUAAUGGUUUCUGUAACCUGCAGAGGUUUUACAACGAUCCCAAGUGCCCUGAUGGACACUCUUACCGGCUGCAGGCUUGGCUGUUUGGUAACCGGGUCUUGCAGUACGCGGACGCCCUGGAGCAUCUGCUGGCCACAGGACAAGGCGUGGUGAUAGAGCGCUCUCCUUACAGCGACUUUGUGUUCCUGGAGGCAAUGUUCAAACAAGGCUAUAUCCACAAGAGAUGUGUUGACCACUACAAGGAGAUCAAAGAGAUCAGCAUUUCUGAAUUCCUGCCUCCCCACUUGGUCAUUUAUAUAGAUGUGCCUGUUUCAGAGGUGCAGAAGAGGAUUCAAGAGAAAGGGCAGCCCUAUGAGAAAAAGGUGUCUCCUUCCUAUCUCCAGGACAUUGAGGAUGCUUACAAGAAGACUUUCUUACCAGAGAUCAGUGAGACCAGUGAAGUUUUGCAGUACACAGCAGCUGAGGCAGAGGAUGUGGAGAAGAUACUUGAAGACAUUGAGUACCUGAAGUUUGACAAGGGGCCGUGGCUGGAGCAGGAUGAUGUUUCUUUCCAUCAGUUGAGACUUCACGUGCAGGAGAAGGAUGGAGUGCUGGAUCCUCAGGCCAUCCCUCGUUUCAUCCCAGAAAUCACCAUUGGAGGCACAGAGUAUGACAAAAUCUUCUACGAGUACCGAUCGCUCCCUGGUCGCAAUUUCAGGCCAGGCUACAAUGCUGAUGUUGGUGACAAGUGGAUCUGGCUGAAAUGA